GUGGCCACAGGAAAAGUGGCCUCAGGAAAAGGAGGCCAAACGAUCGGUUGCAAAAGAAAUUGGCACCGUUUUCCUGACCAAUCUCUUUGGCUCGGAAAAGCGGCCCACUGGAAGGGCGCAGGAAAGGUCGCCGGUAGAAAUGGCCACGUAAGAGGUGGCCACAAACGAAAAGUGGCCCAAGGUGGAUGGGCGAAAAAGCCACAAAGGAAAGGUGGCCGCCAGGAAAGGCCACAAGGAAAGGUCGCUGGAAAGGUGGCCGGUGCGAAGAUUUUUUUUUCAUGAGGUGGCCAUAGCUCGCCUUUAUUUUUCUUUUUUUUUUUUGUUGGCGAAUCCAUGGUCACAAAAUCGGUCGCAAAGGCAGUGACUAAGAGCACCAGAAAAGGCCACAGCGAAGGCCACGGGAAGCCGAAUGGAUGGCCAAAAGUGCCAGGCGAGAGACCAAAAAGAAGUUUGACCGGAGAAGGGCCAGAAUCAUUGACAAGACAUCCCAGGACGAGGUCCAGAAACGAACGCCAAAAGCGGGCAGGUGACCAAAACUGGCCAGGCGAAAGACCAGAACGAGCUCCGGCGAGGUGGCCAAACGAUAGGCCAGGGAUGGCCAAAAGCACCAGCGAAAGAGCUCAAAGGACGCGGGCCAGGAACAAACACCAAAACCGCAAGCCGCCGAAAGCGGAAGGAUGACCAAACUGGCCAGAGGAAAGGCCAGAAACACCAGCAAAAAAGUCCGAAGGACG